GUUAUUGGGCAGCAUUUUAUUUGGUACAAAAUAUUAAAGCAUGUUUAAAAGAAACAUAUUGUUUCUAAUUUUAAAAUCAAGGUUCUUUUAUUUUUAAAAAGGGCGAGAGAGAUUUUGUAAUUUGUAAAAUUUUAGCAAUUGAAUAAUUAAUUUAUUAUUGGUACAAAGAAAAUAUAGUUCAUCCUCAUUAGAAAGAAUACCCACCUUAUUAAUAAAAUAUUUUCAAAAAACAACUAUAGAAUAAUACCAUACAUUUUUAAAAGUAAUUUUUUGAUUUUUUAAAACAUUUUUAUUUAUUUUUUUAAAUCACACCAAAAAGAAGAUGGCAGUUUUAAUUUUUUUCCUUACCUUCGGAAGUUCGAUCAAAUAUAAACACAAAUAUUUCAGUAAAUGCGGGGCGGGGCGCCUCAUCCGAAUUUUUUUUUGAUUUGCUGGGCUGGGAAUCCACGUCACACCGAUGGAGGCAUUUUGGGUAACUCUGAGCCACAGUGCCACAAUCUUCCUCCCGCACUGCCUCAAAUCAUCAUAUCAGUUUUCUCCUAUCUUCCAUACUCUUCACUCUCAAUCAACAUCAUUUUAGGGUUUCUUCUCACUGCAUGAGGUCUGCAACUUUCCUUCACGUCCUCUUGUAGAUGGCGAUGGCGGUUCGAGCCGUAAAUACCUGCUCCAUCUUUCGCUCUACUUCGUCCCCUCCUCUCUAUCCCUUCCGAUGUCGUCUACACCAUUUCGGGGCCUUUCAGUGUAAGAGUUACCCCAAUUUAGGGCUUCAUUUUCCGAUAUGUCGCACCGAUCGAGUUUUUCUCAGUCAUGGCGGUGUCCAAAGCUGUUCCGUUUACAGUCUCGUCGAAAGCGUUAUGGAGGAGCUCCACGCCUCACGCAAACGAAAGAGAAUUUAUGCUUCCACCAACUCAAUAAGCCCAAGUUUGAGGGAGAAUUCCUCUUUUUCUGUUAUCAAGAGAAACCACCAUGGUUCAGUUAUCAGUCAGUGAUGUACUACUGAUAUACAUUGAAUGGGAUUAACUAGCAGUGGACAGCUUCUUGAAGAUAAGCUGAAAAAUCAAGUACUACAAAAAGGUUUGCUUCUGGAGUUCAGGAAAGAUUCUGAAAGGGUAUUGCUGGCAGUCGCUCAGAAAGCUGAUGGCAAAAAGAACUGGAUGGUGUUCGAUCAGAAUGGAGUCACAUCCUCCAUUAAACCACAACAAGUUACUUAUAUUGUUCCGGGUAUUGAUAAUUUUGACCAGACAGAGAUUUCCAACUUUAUACAGAAAGCUCAAGAUAACUUGGACCCAACACUGCUUGAGUUUGCUUGGAACGAGCUUCUCGAAACGAACAAGUCAGUAACUGCAGAAGAAUUAGCAGAGAUGAUUUUUGGUUGUGCGGAACCUCUUGAGAGCUAUUGUGCCCAUCUCUUGCUCUCAAAAGAUGAAAUUUACUUCACAGUGUUGGAGACGAAAGGUUGCCGUUCUGUUUAUGGGCCUCGAUCUACUGUGCAGGUAGAAGAACUUCUACGCAGGAAGCUUGCAAAGGAGGCUGCAGAAAGGGAACUUCAGGAGUUUGUACAGUUACUGAAAUCUGCAAAGUUGAUGCCUUCACAUGCUAAACCCCCCAAGUCUUCCUGGAAGGCAGAAGAGAAAAUCCAGCAUAAAAUUGAGUCACUUGAAGCUUAUGCCAUUGAUGCAUGCACAAAUGAUGACCAAAAGAAAACAGCUGGGAUGAUUCUUAGGGCAAUGGGACUGGUCAAAACAGCAUCUUCAGCAUUAAAUCUCCUCAUAGAUGUUGGGUAUUUUCCUGUACAUGUCAAUCUCGAUCUGUUAAAGUUCAACAUCCGGGUUGAUUAUCCAGAUGAGGUUAUAUCAGCUGCUGAAAAUCUUCUGUCUGAGCCCUUUGACCCAGAUGAGGUUGACAGAAAGGAUCUUACUCACUUGAAGGUUUAUGCCAUAGAUGUUGAUGAGGCUGAUGAGCUUGAUGACGCCCUGAGUGCAACAAGGUUGCUAGAUGGGCGGAUUAAAGUUUGGAUACAUGUAGCAGAUCCAACUAGCCUCAUUCAACCUGGAAGCAUAGUAGACAGGGAAGCAAUGAAAAGAGGAACUUCUAUUUUCUUGCCUACUGCCACUUAUCCUAUGUUCCCUGAGAAACUUGCCAUGGAGGGAAUGAGCUUGAAACAAGGAGAGCUUUGCAAUGCUGUUACUGUAUCUGUUGUACUGCAUUCUGAUGGCAGCAUUGCAGAAUGCACAGUAGAUAACUCCAUCAUCAAACCAACCUAUAUGCUGACAUAUGAGAGUGCAUCUGAACUUCUUCAUUUGAACUUGGAAGAGGAGGUUGAACUGAAAAUUCUAUCUGAGGCUGCAGCUCUCCGGUUGCGAUGGCGUCGAAAUCAGGGUGCAAUUGACACAUCCACAUUAGAAACACGUAUCAAGGUGGCUAAUCCAGAUGAUCCAGAGCCAUCAAUAAAUCUUUAUGUUGAAGACCAGGCUGAUCCUGCAAUGCGACUUGUCACUGAGAUGAUGAUACUCUGUGGGGAAGCUGUAGCCACUUAUGGUUCUUGCAAUAACAUUCCUUUACCCUACAGAGGACAGCCCCAAUCAAAUGUCGACACAUCCGCAUUUGCACAUCUUCCAGAAGGACCUGUUAGGAGCUCUGCUCUUGUUAAAAUAUUGCGUGCUGCUGAAAUGGAUUUUAGGAAGCCUAUACGCCAUGGGGUUUUAGGACUGCCUGGUUAUGUUCAGUUUACAUCUCCCAUCCGUAGAUAUAUGGAUCUUCUUGCUCAUUAUCAGGUAAAAGCAUUUCUUAGAGGUGAUUCUCCUCCUUUCUCUGCUGGUCAGAUGGAAGGGAUGGCAGCAAGUGUGAAUAUGCAUGCUAGAUUAGCCAAGAGGCUCUGUAGCAGCAGUCUUCGGUAUUGGAUAUUAGAAUUUAUUAGAAGGCAACCAAAAGAGAAAAAGUUUCGUGCCCUAGUCCUUAGAUUUAUUAAAGAUCGGAUUGCAGCCUUGCUACUGAUGGAGGUGGGACUUCAGGCUUCUGCGUGGGUGUCUCUGGGAAAACAGAUUGGAGAUGAAGUUGAAGUUAAGGUGGAAGAAGCCCAUCCGCGUGAUGAUGUUCUUUCUCUUAAAGAGGUUACUUGAGAUAUAAUCAGGAUCUUUUAAAGGAGUUUAUCACACACAUUCUGCGUGGAUGCUGCUAUGAUUUAUUCAAUGGGUAAUCAUAAAGCAUUCUAUUUCCAAGUCAACUGACCCAAAAUUAGCCUGUGACUUAUUUGUGAUCUUGGGGAAGUGAAUUCUCAUUGACACGAUCCUAGAUCAAGUGUUUGAGAAAAUAUUUUAAAGCAUCACAACUAGAGCAACCUUUCAAGGCCUGAAGGAAUAAAUACUUCAAAACAGACGAGUACAAUUGCACGAGGAGAAUCUUUACAAACAUCACCAUUUUCCAAAGCAGCCUUUGUAAAAAUGGAAGUCUCACUAGCAGGAGUUGGUUUUAGGGCUUGCUCAAUUUUGUUAAUGUGGUUAAUGGUCAUCUUCAUUAUCAGGCAUUCUUUUGGACCUGUCUUCUUGUACCUCAUUUCUUCUUCUUCCUUCAUUAUCAGUCGUUCUAGGAGGUAUCAUUCUCUGGGUCUCAUGUAUAUCGUUUAUAGUGGAUCUAUGUUACUUGACAAAUAAUUUAUUGUAGUGAAAUUAUAUAUAUUUUUUCUAUUUAAUGUUUAUUCGUCUUCCCAUCACAAAAUGGCUUUCAUCA